UAUAUUCCACAUGUUGAUGUUCAGUUCACCGGUAGUUGCAUUAAGAAAAAAAUAAAGAUGGGUUCAAGAAGUCCUAUAGCUUUACUGCAAGAGUUUACAAUGAAGAAUAAAAUACCGAUGCCAGUAUACACGUUCAGACAAGUAGGCUUGAUACAUUAUUGCAAAAUAAAAUGCUUUGAUGAUACAAUCGAAUGUGAUUCGUAUUCAAAAAAGUUGGCAAAGACAAAGGCAGCAACGGAGAUGUUGAGGCUAACGCCAACUGAGAGAUUAUUAGAGCCAGAGAUAAACUCGGUUGGAAAGCUGAAAGAAUUAAUUGACAAGCACAAACUGGAUGCACCAACUUACAAAUUUGUUGGAGAAGUGAAUGGUCGGUUUUGCAUGGACUGCAUGUGGAGACAAUACACCACAAAUGGGAUUGGAACAACUAAACAGUCAUCGAAGCAUGCUGCCGCAAGCUUGAUGCUCCCAAAGGUACAGUCAAUAAUCCAAGAUUAUCUGAAGAAUAUUGUAGAUGAUGACAAUAAUACUAUAGAAAAUCGGAAAAAUAUUGUAGAUGAUGACAAUAAUAUAGUAGAAAAUCAGAAGAAUAUUGCAAAACUUGUUCUACCAACGAAAACAGAAAUCAUUGAAGAGAUUUCAGAAGAGGAUAAGAGAUCAACUGAAAUGGAAAUUAUGGCGUUGGAAGAAAAUUUCAGGAAUGCAGGCAAUCAGUUUGAGAUUACGGUGAUUUCUGAGAAAGCACCAUGUGUGAUUUGUCUCGUAUACAAAGAUGAAAACAUGAAACCACUUUUGGAGACUGGCAAUAACGUUUGGGAGGUGUUUCACACACGAAGCUUUUGGAUGACACCGGAGAUGAAUUGUUCGUCAUUAAUGAG